AUGAAUAUAGACAUCCUUGAGCCAUCGACUAGGAUACGAAUACCUCACUCACGUCAAAACAAUAGUAAAGCAACAUCAGUGCUUCAAGUUGAAAAUCAAAUCUACGUCGGGUGUAGCAAUGGAGAUUUACUUGUUUUUACUACAUUGGGGCAGUCAGAUCUCGACAAGCAACCAGAAUAUCCUACCAUCAAUACCGCUGCAGCCACGAUUCAGUCCCUGGCGACAAGAUCUGUUCGAUCAUUAAAGUCCUACGCUGACACUCGCAACUUAUUUUCAGAAAAUCAUGGAUACACAUUGUCAGCUACAUUCAAAAACCUUACCACGGAUGGUUCAGCUAUUUCAAUUAUUCAAUUGCUUCCAAUUGUGAGUCCACAACCCAAUUCACAAAAGACCAUUGUUUUGAUUACUAGUAUUUCGUCGUUGAAGAUUUACGAACUUGUGGGGAGUCAUACCAAUCUAAUUUACUCUCUUGAAGAGACUAAAUUUGCCAACCCUUUAUAUGUGAAGCACGACAGCAGUCGCUUUUUGAUCAUUGGAUAUAGAAAAAAGUUGCUAUUUUUGUCGAUAUCAAAUAAAUCUCGUAAUGUUCUUCAGUUUAAAAAAGUCAAGGAGAUUCCAUUGAAAGAUAGAAUACGAACAAUAAAUAUCUACGAUGAGAAUCUGAUUUUGCUAGGAAUUGAAAGCGAUUACGUUUUGCUAACCAUUAACACAUUUGAGGUUAGUCAGUUGUCAGGAGGUGGCCAUCUGGAGAUAUUCACUCACGCAACAUCAUUCACCUAUUUUGGAUUAUCAGCAUCAGAUCCUUUGGUCAGGACUUUGCCUACAGAAGGUGAUCUUAUUCUUCUCAUCAAAGAUACCACUGUUGUUCAGCUUGACAAGCGAAAUAGUGAAAUUUCAAAUUCUCCUAUAAAAUUGUCAUCGGUUCCGUUAGCGGUAGUGUUCAUUAGCCCGAUGUAUUUGGUUGCUAUCUACUCGAAAAGAAUGGAGGUCGUGGAUAUAAAGGGUUCAAUUAUCCAGAAGUUUCUGCAUCACAUCAUGUCCAAUCUGAUUGUGGCAGACUUUAAUGGCUCAGCUUUGAUCUUGGCAUCUGGAUCAAACAUAUUCCAAUUUAGUGUGGUUGCGUAUCAACAACAAUUGACACAGUACUUGGGAAUAAGUGGUAGGGUUCUGGGUACAACAAGACAACCAGAUAAUGAUUUGAAACUUACUGGAUUAGACAAGGCUAUCCAGCUUGUGACUCUAUUACCAGCUGAAAGUGGUGAUUUCUUUAACACCACCAAAUCAAAAGAAUUGAAGCUUCGUGAAUUAUACAAGCUAAAGGCAAUAUAUUUGUUUGAAGCGUAUUCAAAGUAUCACGAGUCUUUGGUUGAAAUUGGAUCAGAAUGGUUACUUUCAUUCCGUGAUAUUCUUGCAUUGUUCCCGAACUUCUUGAACGCUGAAAUUAGACUUGAUGGUGAUGAAAUAAAUGCAAAGGAUACUCACAUACUAAAAACACUGAACCCUGUGAAACACAUUACAACAGAGGACUUGGAAUUGAACCCAAUAACCGAAUCUGAAUAUGAAACCGAUGCUACAACUAGAAAGUCCAUCAAGCCCGUUAAAAGGUCCCUCAAAGUACAAAGUUCUCGAAAAUUUGCCAAAGCUGUCAAUAACUUGAUCAUUUACCUAACACAACAAAGACGGAUAUUGCUACAGUUUCAUGACAAACGAACCAUACAGUGGAGAAAUGUUGAGCUCGAGCCGAUUGAUAUAUAUCCUCCAGUGGAAAAUCAAUUGGAGCAGGUUUCUAAAAUUAUCGACACCUCAUUAUUCCUUUGUUAUUUUUAUUGUAAGCCCAUGUUACUCGGCCCAUUGUUACGUUUACCCAAUAACAAAUGUGACUCUAAAAUUGUUCAUCAAUGUUUGAUGAGUAAUGUGCAUAACCAUAUACAGCAAAGGAAUCUCAAACAGCCAAAUUUCAUCAAAGAGUUGCUUGACUUUUAUUAUGGGCGCGGUUUGCACAAGGAAGCGUUGGAAAUGAUGUACAAUUUAGCUCACGACGAAACACAAGUUAAUCAUUCCAACGAAGACGACAAUGUUCAUGAUGAUUUUAUCAAAAGUCCUCGAUUGACAGUACAGUAUUUGCUGAAAUUGACAAAUGACCACUUGCUGUUAAUUUUGGAAUAUGCGAAAUGGGUCAUUGACGCAGACGCACUGAAUAGCGAGAAAUUGUUCAUGAAUGACUCUUAUGAAUGUGAGAGUUACGACCCCGAAAUGAUAUAUCAAUUUUUCAUCAAGAAAAAGGAUUAUGCCACUGCCAUUAGAUAUUUGGAGUGGCUAUUGUAUGAAAGUGAUGUAAAGGAUAGAUUGAAAAGAACAAAACUUUUCAGUACUUUUGAAACUAAGCUUUGCUGUUUGUAUUUAAGGGAAAUAAAGAAUGAGGUGAAAAUUGAUGAAUAUUACAAGAAACUUUGUGAAAUAUUGCAGCUUAGUGAGUUUUAUGAUCCUUGGCCAGUGUUGAAAGACAUUCCAACCACCGAGGAUAGGAUGUUAAGGUUAACGGUCUUUGUUUACAAGAGACUUGAAGAACACGAAAAAGCGAUUGAUGUAUUGUACAAUCAAUUAAACGACUUGGAUGCUGCAAUGAAGUAUUGUUCAACAAUAUAUGAUAAACCAAAUGGGGACACUUUAGGCACAAACUUGUUUCAUAAAUUGCUUGAGGAUUUGCUAGUCGAUUUCAGUGAAAAUGUUGAUGACAUAUCAACUUUGCUAUCUCAAGAAGGAUCGAAAUUAUCAAUUCACAAAGUCUUUGAACUUCUUCCUCCUAGCUUCCCAAUAAAGAAAUUGACGCAAUAUAUACUGAGCCAGAUCCAGAAUGUCAACAACAAGGUGCACGAAUCUAGAAUGUGUUCUCAAUUGUACAAAGUGGGCUCAACCAAUCUAAAGCACAAGGUGCUCAACUUACAAGAUGAAGGCUAUAAAAUCACAUCAAGUAAACAAAAAUGUUCAAUUUGUAAUGAACGAUUGGGAUAUGGUUAUUUCACAGUAUCUAGUGAUGAUUCUAUCAUACACUACGGCUGUGCACAGAAGUUGAAGAAUGUCAAGUAG